UUGAAAAAUAUUUUGUCUUUAAAGUUUUGUAAGUGUCAUAAAAUAGCUUAUAGAUUUUAUUCUUACUUGGCGGGGUUAAGAAUUUUAUCAUUUGAUUUAUGUUUAAUGAUGUUUAUGAAAUUGAGUUUACUGAGUGUUAGUGGACUAGAAGAUUGUCGUAUAUUUCGACAAGGAUUUCGUCUUUUUUUUUUAUUUAGUGAGUUAGCAUUGUUUUUUACUAUUUUUUGAAC